AGAUGCCUUCCAGAGAUGACUUCUUGUGCCUUGACUCUCAUCAUGGCUCCUAUUAAGAUCUGCAGAUGUGGGCAGAGAAUUGCUGGCAGCAGCCUCCUGACACUUCCCAGCUUGGAUGUCUGUAGAGCACGAUGCCUGUGUGUAGGAUUUAGCAGCCACCUAAGAGUGCAAGAGGCUGAUGCUGCAACCAGUUUCUUGAGAGCUGCAAGAUCUGGGAAUCUGGACAAAGCCUUGGAUCACCUCAGGAAUGGGGUAGAUAUUAACACCUGUAACCAGAAUGGGCUGAACGCCUUGCACCUGGCCUCCAAGGAGGGCCAUGUGAAAAUGGUGGUGGAGCUGCUGCACAAGGAGAUCGUUUUGGAGACAACGACCAAGAAGGGAAACACAGCCCUGCACAUCGCUGCCCUGGCUGGACAGCAGGACGUGGUCCGGGAGCUGGUGAACUAUGGGGCCAACGUCAAUGCGCAGUCCCAGAAAGGCUUCACACCUCUCUACAUGGCAGCGCAGGAGAACCACCUGGAAGUUGUGAAGUUCUUGCUGGAAAAUGGAGCCAACCAGAAUGUAGCCACAGAGGAUGGCUUCACCCCGCUAGCUGUGGCUCUCCAGCAAGGACAUGAGAAUGUGGUUGCCCACCUUAUCAACUAUGGGACAAAGGGUAAGGUCCGCCUGCCUGCCCUGCACAUUGCAGCCCGCAAUGACGACACGCGCACAGCUGCUGUGCUGCUGCAGAAUGACCCCAAUGCUGAUGUCCUCUCCAAGACUGGAUUCACCCCUUUACACAUUGCAGCCCACUAUGAGAAUCUCAGUGUGGCCCAAUUACUGCUGAACCGUGGAGCCAGUGUCAACUUCACACCCCAGAAUGGGAUCACCCCCCUGCACAUAGCUUCCCGCCGGGGCAACAUCAUCAUGGUGCGGCUGCUGCUGGACCGGGGGGCCCAGAUAGAGACAAGGACCAAGGACGAGCUGACCCCUCUGCACUGUGCAGCACGCAAUGGACAUGUGAGAAUUGCAGAGAUCCUCCUGGACCACGGGGCUCCCAUUCAAGCCAAAACCAAGAACGGCCUGUCGCCCAUCCACAUGGCAGCCCAGGGUGACCACCUGGACUGCGUGCGCCUGCUGCUGCAGUACAGCGCGGACAUCGACGACAUCACCCUGGACCACCUGACGCCGCUGCACGUGGCCGCCCACUGCGGCCACCACCGCGUGGCCAAGCUGCUGGUGGAGAAGGGGGCCAAGCCCAACUCCCGAGCCCUGAACGGCUUCACGCCCCUCCACAUCGCCUGCAAGAAAAACCACAUCCGCGUGAUGGAGCUGCUGCUGAAGACAGGAGCCUCCAUUGAUGCUGUCACAGAGUCCGGCCUGACCCCCCUGCAUGUGGCUGCCUUCAUGGGACACCUGCCCAUCGUCAAGACUCUGCUGCAGCGUGGAGCCUCUCCUAAUGUGUCCAACGUGAAAGUAGAGACUCCUCUACACAUGGCAGCCAGAGCUGGGCACACAGAUGUGGCAAAGUACCUGCUGCAGAACAAAGCCAAAGCCAAUGCCAAGGCCAAGGAUGACCAGACUCCUCUGCACUGUGCUGCCCGCAUCGGCCACACCGGCAUGGUCAAACUCCUUUUGGAGAACAACGCCAACCCCAACCUGGCCACCACAGCAGGGCACACGCCCCUGCACAUCACUGCCAGAGAGGGGCACAUGGACACAGCCCUGGCCCUGCUGGAGAAGGGAGCCUCACAGACCUGCAUGACCAAGAAAGGAUUUACCCCUCUCCACGUUGCAGCCAAGUAUGGAAAGGUGGAUGUGGCAGAGUUGCUGUUGGCACAUGACGCUCACCCCAAUGCAGCGGGGAAGAAUGGCCUGACUCCACUGCAUGUGGCUGUGCACCACAACAACCUGGAGAUUGUCAGGCUGCUGCUUCCCAAGGGGAGCUCCCCACACAACUCGGCCUGGAAUGGGUACACCCCCCUGCACAUCGCUGCCAAGCAGAACCAGAUGGAAGUGGCCAGCAGCCUGCUGCAGUACGGGGCCUCUGCGAACGCUGAGUCCGUGCAGGGAGUCACUCCCCUGCACCUGGCUUCCCAGGAGGGGCAUGCAGACAUGGUGGCACUGCUUUUCUCCAAACAAGCCAAUGGCAACCUAGGCAACAAGAGUGGCCUGACUCCUCUCCACCUUGUGGCCCAAGAGGGGCAUGUGCUGGUUGCUGAUGUUCUGGUGAAACAUGGAGUCACAGUGGAUGCAAUGACCAGGAUGGGCUAUACCCCUCUGCACGUGGCCAGCCAUUAUGGGAACAUCAAGCUGGUGAAGUUUUUGCUGCAGCACCAAGCGGAUGUCAACGCCAAGACCAAGCUGGGCUACACCCCCCUGCACCAAGCAGCACAGCAGGGCCACACGGACGUGGUGACGCUGCUGCUGAAGCACGGCGCAUCCCCCAACGAGAUCAGCACGAACGGCACCACUCCCCUGGCCAUCGCAAAGAGGCUUGGCUACAUUUCCGUCACAGACGUGCUCAAGAUUGUCACAGAGGAAAUCGACAUCCCGUCCGUUGGUGAUAAGCACCGCAUGAGCUUCCCAGAGACUGUAGAUGAGAUUCUGGACGUAUCAGAGGAUGAAGGCACUGCUCAUGUCACAGUAAUGGAGGAAGAGCUGAUUGCACCAAAGCCCAAGACACCUGAUCUCAGAGAGCAGGAAGGCAAAAGAGAGAUACUGGAGUUCAUGACCACAACGACACUGGAGCAAACGGUGGAGUCUCCAGCUGUCCUGCAGGUCCCCUGCAUCCCACCUGAAACUGUGGUGACCAGAGCUGAGGAGACUGAGCAGGUAGGACCUGUGGAGACAGAAGCUGAGCAAGUCAGCCUGCUGCAUGCACCCUCGGUGUCCCCACAGGAGCCCUCCAAAGAGUUCGACGAGGACUCUCUGAUCCCCAGCAGCCCUGCCACUGAGACCUCAGACAACAUCAGCCCCGUGGCCAGCCCCGUGCACACAGGCUGGCUGCAAGCUUGUGUGUGCCAGCAACCUUCCUGUGCUACCUGCAGCCCUGUCAUUGUGGAGAUUCCCCACUUUGCCUCGUAUGGGCGCGGGGACCGCGAGCUGGUGGUGCUGCGCAGCGAGAACGGCUCCGUGUGGAAGGAGCACCGCAACCGCUACGAGGAGAGCUACAUGGACCAGCUGCUCAACGGCAUGGACGAGGAGCUGGAGAGCCAGGAGGAGCUGGACAAGAAGAGGGUCUGCCGCAUCAUCACCACCGACUUCCCUCUCUACUUCGUGGUCAUGUCCCGGAUUUGCCAGGACUGCGAUAUGAUUGGCCCUGAGGGAGGGUGUUUGAAAAGCACACUGGUGCCCAUGGUGCAGGCCACCUUCCCAGACACUGCUGUCACCAAAAGAGUGAGGCUGGCCCUGCAGGCACAGCCUGUGCCUGAUGAGCUGGUGACCAAGCUGCUGGGGAACCAAGCGACCUUCAGCCCCAUUGUCACCGUGGAGCCACGACGGAGGAAGUUCCACCGCCCCAUCGGCCUCCGGAUCCCGCUGCCACCCUCCUGGAAGGACAAUCCCCGGGACAGUGGUGAGGGUGACACCACCAGCCUGCGUCUGCUCUGCAGUGUCAUCGGAGGGACAGCCCAAGCCCAGUGGGAAGACAUAACAGGCACCACAAAGCUAGUCUAUGAAAAUGAGUGUGCUAACUUUACCACCAAUGUGUCUGCCAGGUUCUGGCUGGCAGACUGCCCACGCACAGCUGAGGCCGUGCACUUUGCCACCAUGCUGUACAAGGAGCUGACAGCCGUGCCCUACAUGGCCAAAUUCGUGGUGUUUGCCAAGAUGAACGAUGCGCGGGAAGGCCGGCUGCGCUGCUACUGCAUGACUGAUGACAAGGUUGACAAGACUUUAGAGCAGCAUGAGAACUUCACCGAGGUGGCCCGCAGCAGGGACAUUGAGGUGGUGGAGGGAAUGCCUUUGCACGUGGAACUCUCAGGGAACCUGGUGCCUGUCAAGAAGGCCGCUCAGCCCCGCACCUUCCUCUUCCAGUCCUUCCGCGAGAAUCGUCUCGUCAUUCCCAUCAAGGUGCGGGACAGCAGCCGGGAAGCCAGUGGCUCCCUGUCUUUCUUGCGCAAGGCCAUGAAAUACGAGGACCUCCAGCACGUGCUCUGCCACCUGAACAUCAGCAUACCGCCCUGCACCAAGGGAAGUGGCAGUGAUGAGCGAAGGAGGACGCUGACACCACUGUCCCUGCGGGAACGAUACAGCAUCCUCAGUGAGACCAGUUUUGGCUCUCUGAGCAGCACAGACAAGGCAGACCAGAAGAUGGUCGACAUAGCAGAGCAGCUGGGCCUCAGCUGGGCUGAGCUGGCACGUGAGCUGCAGUUUGGGGUGGAUGACAUCAACAGGAUACGUGUGGAGAACCCCAACUCCCUUCUGGAGCAGAGCAUAGCCUUACUCAACCUCUGGGCCAGCCGUGAGGGCAAGGAUGUCAAGAUUGAGAACCUGUACACGGCGCUGAGGAACAUCGACCGCAGCGAGAUUGUCAACAUGCUGGAGGGCUCCGGCCGGCAGAGCCGCAGCCUGAAGGGAAGCUGGCGCUACACAGACAGAGACUACUCCCUCUCACCAUCCCAGAUGAAUGGUUACGCUUCACUGCAGGACGAGCUGCUGUCCCCUGCCUCCCUGCAUUACACACUGCCAUCCCCGCUGCGUGCCGACCAGUACUGGAAUGAGGUGGCCAUCAUGGAUGCUAUCCCCAUGGCUGCCACUGAGCAGGAUGCCCUGAUGGAGAUGUCCGACAUGCAGGUGUGGUCCUCGGGGCUCACCCCCUCGCUGGUGACUGCUGAGGACUCCUCUCUGGAGUGCAGCAAGGCUGAGGACUCGGAUGCCACGAGCGAAGGCCGGUUCCCAGGGCAACUUCUAGCAGAUGCUCAUGGCCCGGACCACAUGGGCUCUAUGGACCUGGUUGAGGAUGACACAGUGGACUCAGAUGCCAUGAAUGGCCUGAUUGACCUUCUAGAGCAGGAGGAGGGGCAGAGGCCAGAGGGGAAGAUGCCAUCUGGUGAUCAUCAACCAGGGACUGGGGAGCAGGACCCGGAGAGUGAAGUCUCUUUUGUUUCAGUUCAGGAGAAGGUGCAAACCAGGAUCAUGACAUCACCUACCUUUAGCCAUGAUGUGGAGAAGAGUGCAGACAGGCUGAGGGACUGGAAUGCAGAAGGCUCCUUUAUCUCCUGCCUACAGGACCUGACAGCGGGCUCCUGGCAGGAGGGAGUCACCCGAAGGCUGCUCCCAACGCACACCACAGCCUCUGGGGCACAGGGCCAGCAGCAAGAGCAGGUCCUGGUGCCAGCCACGGAGCUGAUGCGGAUCAGCUCUGCAGAGGACAGCGACUGGCAGCCUCAGCACCCCACAGGCGGCUGGCAGGAGGAGGCCGACAGCCGCUUCUUUGGGCAGGUGAGGGUAGGAGCAGGGGAGUCAGCCCUGCAGGAAAGUGGUGACCCUGUGGACAGCCUUUUCUGGAGCCUGCUGCAAGGCCCGUCAGGCAGACCAGGUGCUAGCUCCUCAACUCUCCUAGCAUACUUCCUGCCCCUUGGGGUGCCUCUCAGCCCAGAAUAUCACCCUCCAGACUUGUUCCUUAUUGAGUAUCUGCCCUGGCUGCCAGCCCAGCAGCCUGCUGGAGCCAGAAAUAGACGGCAGCCUGCGGCCGGAGGAAGGAUGUGGGCUUUCCUGGCCCAGCUGCUGAUCGCCCUGGUGCUCCUGGCCUUCUUCCUGGUCAGCUGCCAGAACGUCAUGCACAUCGUCAGGGGCUCUGUCCGCUUCCUGCUCAAACACGCCCACCGUGAGCUGGACAAGGAGCUCGGGGAGAGCCAGGGGCUGGCGGAUGAUGAGGAGGCUCUCUCGGCCAGAGUCGUCCGCCGGCGCCUCCUCCUGAAGGGGAACGAAGCCCUUCAUCUCCCUGGAGAGCAGGUGACCGAGGAGCAGUUCACAGACGAUCAAGGCAAUAUCGUCACCAAGAAGAUUAUCCGGAAGGUGGUGCGUCAGCUGGGCCCUGGUGACAUGGGUGACAGGCAGGAACAGGAGGAGCUGAUUCUGGAGGGCUCCCUACAGGAGCCCCAAGACCUGGAGGCUGAGGAGGAUCACUUCAUGAAAUACUCCAUCUUGCACCGGGAUGGUCUGGGCGCCAAGGAGGAGGUGCGAGUGCAUGUCCCGAAACCAGAGGUCUCUGGGGGCAGGAUGGGGGCUCAGAUAGUGAAACGAGCCAGCCUGAAAAGGGGGAAGCAGUGACCCCCUCAAAUGGCCUCUUUUGAGGAUCGCACCUCAACACCAAACCACUGAACUUCACACACGUUCUGACACAUACCUGAGGAGAGAGGAGAGGAGAGCAGAGAGUGGAGGGGAGCAGGGCUGGCUGUACAUGUUUCUAUAGGCUAAUGGCAUGAUUUCUGUAUGAGAUAUACUUACCGUCCUAUCCGCAUGACUGACUGACUGCAAGACGCAUGAGCUACAGUACUUAAACCAGACGAGGGGCCUCCAUCCUUGCCCCGCUGCUGCCAGGAGCCCAGAGACAGCACCACACACCAGGGGCAUGCUCUCAGCUCCUUUGGGAGGCAAGAGCUGGAGCAGAAGGAAACGAGAGGGAAAGGAGAUUCCAUCUCCGUGCGUGGAUGCAUCCCCACGUCUGUGCUCCAGCUGCAAGAGGAAAGCUGGGACAGCAUGGCACUGCUCACCGUGGAAGGAGAGGUGCUUGGCCCCCCCGCAAAUGCCUGUGCUGCCUCUGCUGGACUUGCUUCUCAUCCCUCCCUGUGAGUGUUGGGUUUCGGGGGGGGCAGCAGUGGCCAGAGGGUGCAAGGGGAGGCUGCAGGGAGCACAGCUGCCCUGGGCAGAGGGACUGGUGCAGGGCUGCCCUUCCUCUCCCCAGCACGUGCAAAGUCUCCCGUCAGGGCAGAGCUCUGGGCUGAGCACUGAGCUCGUUGCUUAUGUUGAAAGUGUAAACUGUACAGCAAUCAGCCUUGUGUAUAUGAACCAAUAAAUACUAUGCAAACCCCUAGGGACACUCUAGCAGUAUGUACAAAGCACUGACAGCUCUGCUCUCAUAUACCUCUUCAGGCUGCAGGAUGGGCAAAGCCUUUGGAAUAUGUGAGCAGCUCUGGUGAAGGGAGCAGGAAGGCAAUAGGAGUGAGAGGGCAGCAGCCUGCCCCUGUCCUGUGCCCCUCUGCCUGAGCCUGGCCCCUUGCUGGCCUGAAGAGGGGGGGGCUAGAGGUGCAGUCCCGUGGUCCAGCCCCAGUUUGUGUUGGCUCCAGCUGGCUUGAAGCUGUAGGCCUGCCUUGAGGUGCUUGGGGCCCAGGGAGGAUGUGCAGUGAGAGAGAGCAGGAGGUGCUUGUGCCACACGUGGGGUUGUGCCUAGCUCUACUCAGCACAAUAUCUGCUCAGGAGAUGAGCCAGGAGCUAGCAAUAGCCAGCAAUAUGCACCCCAGGCAAGGGCUUUGCAGGGACCCUGGCCUCCCUGCAAGGGGGGCUCAUCGCCCUGGAUACUGACUCUCCCGGGACCAAACCCAGAGACAUGGGAGCUGCAUUUUCUCCAGGUGGAACCUGCCUGAGCCCUGGGGGCUGGGGCAGCCUCGGCCCGGCUGCUCCGGCAGGAGCAGAGCUCAGAGUUGGGCAGCACGUUGACCCCGUUGUAAUACUUGACCCCAGGAGCGCAGGGAGAAGGUAGUGGCACUUGGUCCCAGGUCCUUGACCCUGUCCUUGACCCAGCUGAUGUGGGGACCUGGCCUUUGUAGCACAGUGAUGUGGGGACCCCCUGCUCUUUCUCCUGGACGUGGCCACGAACCUGCUUGGCAGAGUCUGAGCUGGUUCUCUGCGGCCAGGUGCAGAACAAGCGCCCCUCCAGCUUCAGGCUAUGUGGUGGUGGCCUUGGCAGGGCAGCCCUGCCCUUCAGCGGGUGCACAUCUGCUGGGAGAGCCCCUGGCUGCCCUGCAGCCAAGGAGCCUCGCUGCAGCCGAGCGACUGACCCAGCUUAGCCUUGGAGAGCAAAGCAGCCCCCUCCCCACCCCGAAGUUGAGCCAUAGAGGCACAGACUCUCCAUCCAUCACCCUUGCUGCGUACAAUAACCUCCCUAGACCCACUGCAACAGCUGACUCCGUAGCAUCACCCUAGAGUUGUGUGUGGGUCCAGUGCUUUGGCCUUGUCUAUGCCGUAGGGAAUGUGCUGUGCUGCAACCGUGCCAGGCACCUGCAGUGACAUUGCUUCGCGCUCAGAUUGCUUGUAGGGCUGGUAGGGGGAGGCUGCACCCAACAUUGAGCCUAGAGAAUGCUGCAGUCUGCACACUAGAAGCUUUUUAGAAGUUUUAAAAAUUACUUUUAUUUUCUUUUUUUAAUUGUUAUGGAAACAAGCCUUUUGGAUCUCCCUGUCUUAGGCCCUGAUGUAUAGAUCAUUUCCCUGUACACCAGCUAUCAGACUAUGAAUUAAUAAAUAAAUCAACACAAA